AUGUCUGUAGCGGAAUUCGUUGCUCAUCUACGAGACCUCCCCUCGGAGUUAUCUCUCAUAUCGCCACCUGAUCUGAGUGACACCGAAUCCCGGUCAGAGCUGUCGCAAGCGCUCAAAGACCUCGAGAUAGCAGGUACGGUCGAGGGCCGGCAUACCGUACUUCAAGCUGCGGCCCUCGUACCAGCCGAGUCUCAUUGGAGUGAUGCGGCGUGGGUGUGGGCAGUAGAGGAUGAGCGGCUACACGGAGGGGAGAAUGCUGUCCUCGGCUGGAUCGCCGAGGGCCUGAAGGAUGGAGUGUUUGAUCGAAAGAGAUGGGUGGAACGGGCGCUGGUGGAUUACUCGAAGGGAGAGCGGGCGAAGAGGGCGGUCAUCGCAUGGGCUGUCAUCGACCUAGCCGCUUUCUUGGACAUGCUAGCGGAGACUUUCCAGCAGCCCACAUCGCGAAUCGCCAUCUGCUCCAUCCUGCUUGCUGUUAGCGUGGAGCAGCAUUACGAGCCUGGCACACCAGCUGAGACCACCCUCAUGUAUCGUAUCGCCAACCAUCCCAUUCUCCAGCUCGUCCUCCGGUCCCUGAUGUACGACACCGGCAACCACCUCUUCCCCAAGUGCAUCCGCCUCCUCCUCGCUAUUAUCCCCUACGCACCCCUCACCCUCAACCCCCAAGUCCCCUUCCUGAUGAUCAUCACCGGUCGGGCGAUAUCAUGGCGGGACCGCAAAUUCGUCGAUGCGGAUGACGCGCAGCACGAUGCGGUCACUCGGACCCCUCCUCCCGCUGCGGAUAUCGGCUGGCAAGUUGCCAAGUCUGCCGGAGAGGAACCCAUCGAGUCUACAAUCGUCACCACCACCAACCGCUGCGUCACACUAUGGCUCGUAGCGAUGUACGGUGCCUGGCCAUCCAAUGUCCUCGCCUUCAUCCGAGAUCCCAUCCCAUACCUUCGCAACAAGUCCAUCGAGUCCAUUUAUGCGGUCGACUGGGAAUCGGUCUAUCCUCCCGGACUGCUCGCUCAGCGGACAGCUCCUCUCCUCAAGGACUUUUCGCUCCACCCCUCCCUGGUCUACUUUACAUCCGCAGCGGAACUGCAAGACGAAAAGCGGUGGGAGAAGAAUGAUCCAUCAGAAUGGCUGGCGCGGGCGCAGAUGAUUGCGCAUAUGGAGAAGACGGCGGGCGGAAUGUUUGGGUUCAUGGAUCGUCAUCAGGCCGGGCCGUCUGCAGAGGAGAUUUCGGACAUGAUCUUGCCGAGCGAGACAAGGAGUGGGACGGCAACGCCGGGCGGGAUGGGGAUGUGGAAUGCCGAAGAGACGGAUGUGGAGCGGUUGCGGAGGGAGAAUGAGAGUUUGCGGCUGGAAGCCAAGUUGACAGAUAGGGUCAGGAAGCAGUUCUUGUAUCAUAUCGGACGGCUUCAUGGCUAUACCCUCAAAUUCAAUACGGAAGAAUCCGAAAUGAACAGCUUUGUCAAUCGCUUGAAGGAGCAAGACAAGACCAUCAAGUCCCUCACUGCCGAGCUCUCGACCCAUCGCGCAGAAGCGUCCGCCGCUCAGCAAAAGCAUGUCAAGUGGCAAGCUCAGCUGCGGGACAAGAAUACGCAGCUACGGGACGAGCGGAAGACUGUCUCUGGCGAGAUGGACAAGUUGAAGGGGGACUUGGCGGAUAUGGAACAGGUGGUGAAGCGGCAAAAGGAGGAGCUGGCAGUGGUGAAGAACGAGCGUUUCAAGCUGCAAAACCAGCUUACCGAGAUCGAACCGAAGAUACGGCAUAUGGGGGACUAUGAGAUCCGGAUGAAGCAGCUCACAGAGAUGCAGCGGGUGUGGGAUGACGAUGUCCAGCGCGUCAAGGAGGCCGAGGAUCAGCUCGAAGCACUCAAAGGGCGAUUUUGGCAAUUGGACCAGAUGCUCCGCGCAUGCGAAAAGGAAAAGAAGGAGCAGGCGUUGCAUAUACGCCGGCUAGAAACGACAGUAGCUUUGCGCGGCGAGAGUCGGCCAUCAUCCCCUCGGCCAAGCCGUAUCCAACAAUCUCGACCCGACGCAUCAUACUAUAUCGGCGUAGCGGACGAAGCGAGGAAACGGGCAGAGCAGGUCGAGAAGGAGAAUCGAGAGUUGCGUGAAGAACUAGAACAACUCCGGGACCAGGCCAGACGAUCGCCCCAGAAGCAGAAGGAGGAUAGAGCAUUCAUCUGGGCGGACGAGGAGAGGUCAUUCCCUUAUUAA